GUGAGAACCAGCUAUCUGACAUACCAGUGGAUAUCACAAAGUUGACUAAACUUAAUAUUCUUACCCUGGCAUACAAUAACAUCACCCACCUGCCACCUCCCAUAAGGAAUAUGAAAAACUUGGAACAAUUUGAUGUGAGAGAGAAUCCCCUUGUACAACCACCUAUACAUACUGCCAACAGGGGACUAGAUGCCAUCAAGAGGUAUUUUGAAGCAUUAACUGACACCAAGGCAAUUCAGUCAAGUAGAAUACAGGUCAACUUUCUUGGUGAAACAGAAGCAGGAAAAACUAGCGUUUCACGUACACUGCAACUUGGACAGUCGACCCUCACAGAGAUGGCAGACAGGACAAGAGUGGUGGAGCAAGGAACAUGGGAGGCUGACCAAGACAUUGGCUUCAAUAUCAAUGACUUUGGUGGACAUGAUGUCUAUAAAAUAGGUCAUCCCAUAUUUAUCUCCACUAGGGGCUUGGUUUUUAUCACUUUCAACCUGUCUAAAUAUGAUCCAGAAAAGGAGGGUCAUUAUCAACUGUACAUUGGAAACUGGAUUGACAAGGUGCAUGCUCAGAUGCCAGGGAUACAAAUAGCACUAAUUGGAACUCACCUUGAUAGGGUUACAACCCCACUUGCAGAAACAAAAUGCUCUGCAAUAAUCAGACAGCUUGAAGACCAUGCAAGUGAAAAGAAACAGUGGUAUCAAGCACAAAAGGAGACAUGUGAGAACAAAAUGAAAGAAAUACCUGAAGUCCAAGUGUCUCUCCGCCAGGCCUACCAAAGCAAAGCAGCUCAUCUGCAGACCUUGUAUGGUCAGAUAUAACCUAUCUAUGAGCAUAUUUUUAGAGUGAGUUCAAAAACCUGUGAAGGAGUUCAAGACCUGAGAGACUACCUCUUUUCUUUUGGCAGGACAAGCGCUGAAGUUUUGCCAGGAAUGUGGGUGGAAGCAGCCAAGAAUAUCUGCACCAAGAAGAUCGAAGGCUCUGAGAACACACUUGGUUGGGAGGUGAUUGAAGACCUCAUUCUGCAAAAUGCACCUACAUUAUGGAAAGAGAAGAACUCAAAGGAAGAAAAAGAGAAAACAAUUUGUGACAUCUUAAGUUUCCUAGCUCACCGUGGAGACAUAAUAUGGUUUGAUAGAAGCCCUUCACUGUUGAAAGUUGUUUUCCACAAGCAAGAGGUUAUUGUGAAUGUUCUCAAGGCAGUCCUCACACAUGAUCAAGGUGAAGUAUCAAAAAAGCUUCAAAAGUCCAUGAAGAUUACAAGAAGGAAAGCACACAUAAUAAAAGAAGACAUCCUUAACAGAGGAAUUGUUUCUAAACAAGCUAUGAGCUGCCUAUGUGAGCCUUUCAAAUUGUCAAGCACUGAAGUUGAUGUCAUGACAGAAAUGAUGCUGAAACUGGAGCUGUGCUAUCAAGUCCAGGAAGAUGAAUCCCUUCCAUCCAGCAUCUCAUUCCACUUUCCAUGGCUCCUCACUAGAGUAAGGCAACCUGAGCUAGACACCAAAUGGCCCAGCAAGGCUCCCCCAGACACCACACAACUUACCCUACAGGUUCUCUUUCCAUACAAAUGUCCAGAUGGCUUAUAUGAGAAAUUUUCUGUCCGUCAGCAUAAAUACCUGGGGCUCAUGAAGACCAUGCGAAUGGAUUGGAAGGAUGGAGUGUAUGCAGAACUUAGAGAAUGCAAAAUGCAGCUGACACGAGAGCCACACCAGUCAAAUCUUGAUCCAGUCAGCCAAGAUCCAGACUGGGUUAUCAGCAUUGCUGUUCGUGGAUCACAUCUCUCAGACAUGUGGCAUGUUCUUAUGCGAGGUCAUGGUGACCUCAUGGACAUCAUUAAAGAGGACUGGCCUGGGCUGUCAUAUGACAAGUACCUAGUGUGUCCCCAUUGUGUGAGUGAGGACAGUGACCACCAACCCCCCUCAGCUGCUGCCCAAAAUGCAGAAGAAGUACCAACCAAAAGAAAAAGAUACUGUCAGAAAACACCAACACUCUUCCCAGGAGAGAUACUUGACCAAACAAUUGAAACAGCUUCCAAACCAAGACAGGUGCCAUGUGUUAAUACUGGUGUCUUCAUUCCUGCAGACCUGGUCUAUCCACCUCACCUGGUCAUGAGUUGGCAGGAAGUUCUGCACAAGCAAAAAUCAAGUCUAAUUGAAAACAUCACAGAAUAUUGUCUAAAAGACAUGUUGAAUGUUUUCCUCCAAGAAGGCAUUAUCACCCACCGUGAAUAUGAAGGGUUAAAACCUCAAUACCAAACCUCAACUACCAGGGUGGUAUGUCCAGAGAAAACUGCUGUCUUUCUUGACAUUCUCAAAACUAGAGGAGAUAGAGCAUUUGACUUAUUAAGGAAAUGUCUCACUGAAAAUGGGCAAAGUGAGCUUGUUACCCUUCUAAGAUAGGCCAAAGAACUGACUAUAUGGACUGCAUGAACUCACUAGUAGUCAUAUCAUGUACCAGUAGUUUGUGUUCUAAAAUAUUCAGGAAUUCUUCAAUAAAUAAAUCUUGGUCAUUUGGACAAAUGAACUCCUAUUAAUUUAUGGCAGCCACUUUACCUGUUGACACAGUAAGAGCCAUGAGACAAGCAUUGGGAAAGCUGGAGACCAGUUCGACCAGUUCCUAGAGUAUCAGGGACAUGUGUUACCCAUGUUCCAGUUA